GUUUUGUUUUUAUAGUAAUUUUUUUUAAAUACUAGCUUAAUGGCUUUAAAUAUAUUUCACCAAAUAAAUCAGUUAAAAAAGCUCAUUUUGGGAGUACAAAAUGAUAGUGUUCAAAUUUCAAUGGAUAGAUCAGUAAAUUACUGCAAAAGGGCUGCACAAACCUAUUGGCAUAUUGAUUAAAAUGGUUAUGCAAGUUGAAAAUGAUGAAAAUGUGUUUGACAUAUCUUUUUCAUUUGCUAGUUCUGCUAUAUGUUGGCAAGUGAUAUACAAUAAAGAUCAUCUUGAUCUAGCUCCUGAUAUCAUAGUUGAUGAAUCAUUUGAUCCUGAAAUCAAAGAUUUAAAUAGCUUUAAAAAUUGGAGCAACCAUGAUGAUUCAUUAUAUAAAAUGAUUAAAGAAUUACAUAAUUUGUUUUUGAUUCAUCAACAAAAACUUCUAACUAAAUACGAAAGCUUAUAUUCAGAGCUACAAGAAUUUAUAUCCAAUUCAAAAGUAGCUUGUGAAGUGAGUCUUAUAAAAGAUGAGUCAGGGAAUGAUGUUGUCAUGGUUUUAAUUCCUUUAAAAAUUGACAGUACAAUUUUACCAGAAUAUAUCAAAAUGGAGAACAACAUCAAUUGUGGAUGCUUGUUUUUAGAGUAUUCUUCUGAAAAUUUAUCUGUUGUUAAACCAUCAUUAAAACUAUUGAAAUCAAUUGAAAGUGCUCUUAGUGGAGUUGAAAAUCUGCGAAUACCUUCUUAUGUUGGUGCCACGCUGUUGUCAUAUUUUGAAAAUAUAAAUGAACUGUUAACAAGUUCGAUUAAAUUUGUUGGUCUCCGUUUUAAAAAAAGAAAAGAUUUAAUUGUUGAAAUGCUUUCAAACUGGUUAGGUUGCGUGAUUGAAUAUGAUAACAGAAGAUUCUUUGAUGCAUCUUUUCUAAUAUCAAUAAAUGAUUUUUAUUUUGUCUUUAAAGUGAUCCUUUCUGAGCAUUACCCAUUGGAGCAACCAAUAUUAGUUAUGCAAUCUAUUUACAAUAUCCAAAGUAAAAAUGUGCACACAUUUUUUCUUGCUGAUUUAAAUUUUAAUCCUCAAAUGGAAGAAAAUGAAAUUUUGGAAAACAUCAAAAAAUGUAUGGUGGAUAAUAUAGAAGCCUUUAAACGAAGCUGUUUCAAGAAAUAAAAUCUAAAAAUAAAAAUAAAAGUGAGUUAAAAAAAAAAAAGAUAUUUCUUUGAUGAAAUCGCUAAACAACAUUUGA